UGACUGCAACCGGUUGCUUACAAGGGCACAGUAAUUUGACGUUACUGUCGCGACUGAUGGUCUGAAAUACACUUAAAACUUUUGUUGCAUUGGAUUUCCUUCAUGCUGGACGCUUCAAUGUGUAUCGACUUAGCUGUUAUUCCAAUUCAUCCUUUCUUAUUGAUGGAAGUGCUGGUAGGGAGUGAGGAAUAUUGCCGUGCCCAGCACAAAUAAGCAUUAUCCACACUAGUGAAGGAAUUAAGUGUAUAUAUUGUUUUUAUCACUCUUCCAGAUUUCAUCUACCAUAUGGGUUAAGCGACGUCCACAUCUAUUGCAAUUUUUACGUUAGGUAUAGCUUGAACAAAAAUUUUUCGCAGUGGAAAGUUGCUGCUAUAACUUUGUAAAAGACAAACAAAUUUUUUAAGUCGUACAUUUUAAAGGUUACUGAGUUUUCUAAAUUUCUAGUAUUAAAAAAAGAACACAAGGAAUGACCAGUAUGAAGCAAAAAUCCAUGCGACCCGGACCAUCCGAAAUUACUUACAAAACCAUGAAUUUCUUGAUAAUGGAUCGGCCAACUGACUCAUCCAUUCCUGCCUUAAUUGAGGAACUGAAAAAGAGGAAUGUGAAAGAUGUUGUGCGAGUUUGUGAAGCAACCUACAGUACUGAGUUGCUGGAGAAAGAAGGAAUUAAAGUGUGGGACUGGCCGUUUGAUGAUGGGUUUCCUCCACCAGCAAAAAUUGUGGAUGAUUGGUUUGAACUCCUGCGCAACAGAUUUAAAGAAGAUCCCGACAGUUGUGUAGCUGUCCACUGUGUUGCAGGACUUGGACGAGCACCAGUUCUGGUUGCUUUGGCACUUAUUGAAUUGGGAAUGAAAUAUGAAGAUGCUGUCGAAUUGAUAAGACAGAAAAGGCGAGGAGCAAUCAAUGCAAAACAGCUGCAAUACUUGGAAAAGUAUCGUCCAAAGUCGCGACUAAAGCUGAGGAAUGGCCACAAGCAAUGUGUUAUUCAAUAAACAUUUCUUAUUUUUGCUUUCUUUUUGCAACUGGAUCAGUGUCUAUGGGUGUACUUUAUUUCUCUUGUAGUUCAUUUCUCUGUAGGUCCUCUCCUUCUGUGUUAAUUGUUCUCCUCUUUUAACAAAUAAUGUAUGUCCUUGCAUGUUGUGCUCUUAUCAGAUAGGCAAGUAGCGUCUCAUCGUUUUAGAAGCUUCAUCUGUACUUAGAUUUCUGAAUAUUUUAAAUGUAUGUCAGUUAGCGAAGAUGGGUAUAAAAAAAUAAAUCAACAAAAGGGAAAAUUUGCAUUGUUGCUUUAUGUUAUCUUGUCUUUUGUUUCAUUCCGUCUUAAGUUAUUGAAUUGAUGUGGAAUAUCUUUAGCAAACCUGGCCGUAUUGAUUCUUUGUUGAAUCCGAGUUUCUUGAAAGUAAUUGGAAAAGUAGUCUACAAUUUCAUUUUUUGAACUACUUCAGAGACUUGUUUCCAUUUUCUAUGCAAAACCAUCAGUUUUUACGAAUUUGUAAAUGACUUUUUGUAAACGUGAAUAAAACAGUUUUGAUAUUUGUCUUGAAUAGACUUUCUAUGCAAAAAAGAAAAAAAGAAUUGUAAAACCCCAGAGCUAUACUUGUAAUUUUUUGUGUAGAUCGUAAACAUGUUGUCAGCUUUUCACAUUUAAUUUGGAUCUCUGUAUACUGCAACAUGUUUUGUGUAUUUUAAUAAAGAUAGUUGAGUAAAAA